CAGCCCUGUGAUCCGCCACUUUCAUAUAUACACAGGGGAGCCAAUCAGUUUCCAUAGAGAGAAACUAUUGCAGUCCCACUUAAUAAUAAUGCAGGGGUGGGGGAAAGAAGAUGACGACAACAUAAAUUCGGGUCCAUGCUCCUGAUCUAUUAGUUCUUAUCCUGAAAGUGCCGUCCGUCGCACUGAGCAGUUCAACUCCAGAGUGCAGUCAACUUGCUGCUCAGGGCAAAAUGGUGCCAUCCGCUGGUUUCCUGCUCCUGCUGCUGCUGCUGCUAGGAGCCCCUCAGGAGGGUCGACCCCACAAGCUCUACAGGGCCAACUCCAUCUUCAGCUACAUCGACACGGCUCUGUCUGCCGCCAAGAAGGGACAGUUGGAGGACGGGGCCCUGCUGGUCAAGCGGAGCUUCGGCUACCUGCCGGGUGAGGGCCGGUCCUGGGAGAGGGAGGAGGGAGAGGAGGAGGAGGACGGUGAAGACAAGGAGAAAAGGACUCUGCCUGGGAGUGGGAGGGAUGGAGCUGGAAGGGGCACAGGACCCCAUUCCAAGCUCCUCUCCCAGGCCCUGUGGAAGUUCAAGCGGCACCCGAGCAAGACCAAGGCCACCCGGAAUACCAAGGUCACCCUGAGCCUGGACAUCCCCACCAGUAUCAUGCAGGUCCUCUUCACCAUGGCCAAGGAACAAAGCUUGCAAGACAAGGCUAAUGCCAAUGCGCAAUUGAUGGCCCAGAUUGGAAGGCGGAAGUAGAGCUGCUUCGGCGAGAUCUGGGAUAACCCCGAGGAGGAAGGAAUUGCUGGCAGGGGGUGGGGUAAGGAAGGGAGAAAUUCCACGUGCCUGCUGGGUUGCGUCCAGCCCGGAGAUAUGUGCUGUUUUUGCUGCCCCACUUCUUCCCCUGACCCCUGGAUUGCCCUCCCUGAAUAUAUUUAGAGAAGUGCUGUACUUUUUGAUCCUUAAAUGCGCUUGGUAUUAUGCCUCCCUUAUCCUCUGCUCAGUUUCCUUUUUCUCUCCCUGUUCCCCAAACAAAGCUCUCACAUUCCUCUUCUCUGGGCUAGCUCAGCUGUCUCUUCUUAAGAGGAGGCGGGUGCAUCCACACCCCCUCCUGGCACCAUCCCACUCCCUGAAUGAGCAGGAAGACAAUGUUGCCUCCUUCCCUCCUCCCUCCCUAAUUAAAGCCAGUGACACCAUGAGCUCCCA